UUCAUGGCAGUUCGCUGCUGCAAUCGACCACGGUGCGGAAAGUCGCGAUUUCUUUUUCUUUUCUUUCAUGGUCGUUGGCGAGUGCAUAAGCAUAUGCAGCAAGCCGGGUCUACUCUAGUUUUGGUUCUUUCUACUUCAUCGAUACCUAGAACAAGAUAAUACUUCUGGCUGUGUCUGCCUUUGCUCUGCUACACAGCGUAUAAAGAUUAAAUACACCAAGUAGAGCCAAGCAGCAGUCUAUAAUUCUUCGUAUUCUUUUGAUAAGUCGUGCUCUUGCUAUCUGCGAAGAUAGAAGCACGCAAUUAAUUCCGCACACAGGAUUAUGGCAGUGCCAGGAACAAGCUCCGGAAUAGUUGUUCACAAGAACAACUCGAGCUCCGAGAGGACCAGCAGUCAACAUUCUUCACCCGCUCGUGGUUCCGACAGCCAACGUGCGGCAAGGAGCUCCCCGAACAGGAACAGCAGCAAUCAAAAUUAUUACGCAUCGAGCGUUUCGCCCGGUCGUUCUAGUCCCCGAAGCACAUUGGAUCCCGGUCGUGGCGGCAAUGUUCACCAGACUGUUUUUAUCAGCGACGAACAGCACUACACAAGAGCUGCCAGCUCGAACUCCGCCGCCACUCCAGCAGCACAGCAGUACGGUGCGCCGUCCUUGUAUGGAUGUGUCAGAGUUGAAAUCGACAAAGUUAAAAUAAUUUGCCAUGCAUAAAAUGGAUGCCAGUUGGAACCCAGUUUCCAAGUGGCGCAUGACAAAUUUCGUCGGUCCCUAAAUCCAGUUUGUCAUGCUGUUUAGGCAAAGAAGAGCGAUUUUCUCAUGCUACUUUAGCAGCUCGAGCUGUAACCCCAAACAGGCUGACAAUCGGCCUCACUUGCCUGCUCUGCAACGCACGCACCUCGGGCCAUGCAUUUUAUGCAUAUACAAACUAUUUCAACUUUGACGAUUUCAAACCUGGCGCUUUCAUACCUUGUACCGGAUGAACGAGUACAACAUGAAUGAGCAGGAUAUGGCAUUCUCAAACGUUACAUUCUCAACUGUUACAUGGAUUUGUCAUGCAAGAAUGGGAAAAAUAUAAGGGGAGGCAUUGCGCGUCUUGCAUGACAGAUUUGGCGCAGAUUGUCAGCCUCUCUGGCAUUUCAAGAAUUUGCCAUACGAAGCAGCUUGAUCGUGUCGAUUCUGAUUGUAAAUUUGCAUGACAAAUCAUGUAACAGUUGAGAAUGUAACGUUUGAGAGCGCCAUACAGGACGUAGCAGGAGCCGUGGCCGUCAGAAUGACACCACUACCACUAGGAACAAGUGGACGAAGUUUUACAACUACUAGUGUCCACCACGAACAAUCCAAUCCACCACGCCCCCGGAGUAGCUUUGUUCAGACGGACGAGCUUCCGCGAGCCGACUACGACUGCUGCUACAGUGCGGCGGACAGUACUGGUUGGCAGUAUUGUGUGUACGCCGGCAUUAUUCUGUUGGCGCUUGGCUUUGUGGCGAUGUGGCUGAAUCAAGAAGUUUUCGAGAUUGGCGGGGAGGAGGGUGGUGAGGAGGGAGAAGAGGAAGAAGAGGAAGACCGACGGCGGGUGCUGCUGUUUCAUACGAUUCAUUUUUUCAACAAUCUACUCAGUGCGCAUCUCUUUCAAGAAUUUUCCGGAUCAUGACAAGGCCAACGACUGCGACCUAGUCGUGAACUACAGAGGACCAAAAAUUCAUUCACCUGUAGCAAAAAGAUGAUUGGGA